UGUUCCGUCAGGUGCUCGCUGGGCCACAUGAAGCCGCAGGAGCCGCCGCAGGGCGGCCUCGCCGCGGCCGCCGCCCUGGAGCAGCUGAAGCAGCGGGCGUGUGAGAGCGUGGAUCUGAACGCGGCGCGUCUGGGCGCGCUGAGCCGCGACAUCUGGAGCCGUCCCGAGCUGGCGUACGCGGAGCACCAGGCGCACGACACCCUGACCCGCUUCUUCUCCGGCGGGGACCUGCCCGGCGCCGCCUGGGCCGUGCGGCCGCGCUACAAACUGGACACGGCGUUCCGCGCCGACUGGGGCACGGCCGCCCCGCAGGGCCCGCGCGGCCCGCUCCGCAUCGCCUUUCUCUGCGAGUACGACGCGCUGCCCGGGCUCGGGCACGCCUGCGGACAUAACCUCAUCGCCGAGGUGGGAGCCGGCGCCGCGCUGGCGCUGAAGGCCGCCCUGGAGAGCCUGGCAGAGCCCGCGCCCGUGCAGAUCACGGUGCUGGGGACGCCCGCGGAGGAGCAGGGAGGAGGCAAAAUCGACCUGAUAAAGGCUGGAGCUUUCGAUGGCCUGGAUGCGGUUUUCAUGGCGCACCCCUCGCAGGAAGACGCGGCUUACCUGCCUGAUGUGGCUGAGCACGACGUGACUGUGAAAUACUAUGGAAAAGCUUCUCAUGCUGCUGCUUAUCCUUGGGAAGGAGUUAAUGCAUUAGAUGCUGCUGUUCUUGCGUACAACAAUCUGUCUGUUUUAAGACAGCAAAUGAAACCGACCUGGAGAGUUCAUGGUGUAAUAAAAAAUGGUGGUGUGAAACCUAACAUCAUUCCUUCUUACACCGAGCUAGAGUUUUACUUGCGCGCACCUUCAAUGAAAGAGCUUUCUGUUCUGGCAGAGAAGGUUGAGAACUGCUUCAAAUCUGCAGCACUGGCCACAGGGUGCAAAGUGGAAAUAAAAGGUGGUGAAAAUGAUUACUACAAUGUGCUUCCAAAUAAGAGCCUCCAGCAAAUUUACAAGGAGAAUGGAAAGAAGCUUGGGAUAGAAUUUAUAUCAGAAGAAACUAUCUUGAAUGGUUUGUCAGGUUCCACAGACUUUGGAAAUGUUACAUUUGUGGUCCCUGGGCUUCAUCCUUAUUUUUAUAUUGGCUCUGAUGCAUUGAAUCAUACUGAGCAGUACACAGAAGCUGCAGGGUCACAGACUGCUCAGUUCUAUGCUUUGCGCACAGCCAAAGCUUUGGCAAUGACAGCACUGGAUGUCAUUUUCAAGCCAGGUCUGUUAGAAGAAGUCAGGAAAGACUUUACAGAGACAAAGCUUAAAGAAGAGGGGCAAAUAAAUCCAAUAGAACCUAAAAAGGAAUCUGAUGUUGGCGUAGGAGCAUGUGCAUCACACUAAACUUCGUUAAGCCUCUCUCAGUAGGAUUGACUUAAUGGAGAUGCUGUAUUUAAAUCCUAGUAGGGGCUGGAUAAAUGUAUAGCUGAAGAAAUACUGUUCGUUUGUUUGGUUUUUUACUUUAGGAAAAGCAAACAGUAUUGCAUUCAAAAAUGUGCAGUUUCAUCUAACUCUAAUGUUUGUGUUCCAUAUGGUGAUGAAUUUCAUAAAGAGAUCUCAAAUAUGUUGUCUUUCAUUUGCUGUGUUGAAUGAAUUAUAGUGUUUAGAUCCCUUGUUAGUGAUUUUCUAUGUAUUGCUAAAGUAAUAUUCCUUACAGGGGUAAUAUGGCAGUUUUUCUAAAAAAAGCACAGUUCAUUCAGUAAUCAUAGGCUGAAUCUGAAGCAUUUCUCUCUGGUCAGUCACUUCUCUUGGCACAAAGUGGAGACCUCAGGUUUCACCGGAGAGAAGGGUCUGUGUUUGGAAACAUGCCUGGUUAUGACAAUAAUAGCUUCCAGCAGUGGAAGAGAACUGUUUGUAUGGAAAUGCAGUCUGUGAAGCUUGAUCUUCCUGAGAUGCACUGAUCUUCCUCCUAAUAAAUUUUGGAGGUGUUGUGGAGAAGUCAUGGAUCACAAAAUUGGAAAGCAACUGAACGUUUAAAUUAAAUUUGUUUAAAUUAACACAUUGAAACUACUGCGGGAAAAGUGCUGCUCUAAGGCAAUACAAAUGUUGCACCAGCUUAACUGAUCUGAAGGAUGUGUAUAAAUUUAGCUAAACCAGUGAAAAUUUUUUUUACAAACAUACAAGUGUGGUACCACGAAGCAGUAAAUGAAGGUCACCUUAAAUUGGUUGCGUGCAAAUCCCUCUAGUUAUCUCAGGGAAGCUUGCACUGAGGAUUGCUGGUGCAGUAACUGGCUUCUUAGACAUGUUUGUUCCCAUAUCCUAAGCAGCAGAUCUAUUAAGUCAUGUUUCCAUACCCUAAGUAGCAGAUCUGUUAAGUCUUGCCAGUUGUCCUUUUUGUGUGUUGUGUUGUUAGUCUGUUUAAUCCUUGUUAUUUUGCUUCCCAGAGAUAUUAAUACUGCAGAUUUUAUCGAGGUGGUGGUCUGUGCGCCCAAGCACUUUUUUUUUUUUAACAGCACCAGUGUCUAAAUGAUAAAAUCUAAAAUUCUGUUCAGAAUUUAUAGUUAGUUAAUUUCUACGUUCAACUUCCAGUUUUACACCAGUAUCUUUGUUUCCAUUAGCAGACAGUUUUGACAGAUGAAUGCAUGAAAGAGAUGAGGCUUGGACUGUGAGCUACAGAUACAUACAGGGUAGUAAGUUGAAUACUAAAUCCAACUGAAAUUUGUUCCAAGAUUUGUCAAAGGAACUUUCUCCUUAACUUUUAAUUUACAGUCUGCCUUGCCAGGCACAAUUGCAAUUCAUUAAGAUCUACUGGGUUAACAACCCAAUUCAUUAAUUUCCUUAGCACAUGUUGCUUUUUAUUUCUUCCUGCGUGAACUGCUUGGCCUGUUGCUUUCCUGUUUUUAAGAUGGUGUGUUGGGAUCCCAGUGAUGGCAAUACAUGCUAUGUCAUUGUAUUUCCUACCAGCUGAUGUGCGUUACAGCCUUCUCAGUUCUCUUUGUCCAGACUUACUGGCUGCAUCAUGUCCAAGAUCAGUUAAUUAAACUUUUCUACACUAAAAGCAUAUCUUCAUUUUGUUGUAAUCAUUGCUGGAAUUAAAAUGGAAUUGAAGUACUGAUUAAAGAUGAGUUGAUAUUAAUAAAGCAAUUUAAUUGUGUGUA